AGUUUCGUCUGGAUAAAGUUAUUGUUUUUGGACAAUUAAGUUACUGUUUUCAACAAGCAGCUUGUCUUACAAAAUAGAAGAAACUAAGAAACAACUUUUAAAGAAUAUGAAAUGGUGAAGAUGUCCUCAAGAACUAGAACACAAUCAACUUGUUGACAGCCAGACAAGUGUUGAACUUGCUAGCUGACGUUAACAAUGUGAACACAGAUCGGAUUGCAAUAUAAUGGACGGCAAGGGAACGACCGUUACCAAUAGCUGAUAUUUUUCCACACAUUUUGGACGCUUAAGACCGUGGUAUUACCAGUACUUCAGCUAGUUAGGUAGUUAACCAACUCGACAGCUGUGAACUUUUACAGAGCUUUCUGUUUGAGUUUGAGAGGCAUUGUUUUCCUCAGUAGUUAUGUUUCCUCUAGAUUCGACAUGGAACAUUUCCUUUGCAGGUUGCGGUUUCUUAGGGAUCUAUCAUAUCGGUGUAGCGAGCUGUCUACAGGAACAGUGUCCGUUUCUAGUGCAUAAUGCCCGGCACAUCUACGGGGCAUCGGCUGGGGCGCUCACCGCCUCUGCGCUGGUCAGCGGAGCGUGUUUAGGUAGGCAGUGCUGAACUUUCCUCCACUUAUCGCAUAGUAAUUCGACACUGUGUGUGUGUCAGUUUCUAGUCUGGCUUUGCUGUGUCCCUCGCCCUGCCUGUGCACUGUCUGUAUGAUAAUUGUAUGCUCUUACCCAUCCUGUUUUCCUUGACAUUAUCCUUGUGAAAUGAGUACACAUUAUGUCUUUUUUCCAAUUGCCAGCAAUAGCAAUGCCCGUUAUAAUGCCACCACGUUAUAACGAUAGACCAGCUCUGACAUUAACACUAUUCUGUCACUUCUUGAUUCCUCAUCAGGCGAGGCAGGUGCCAACAUCAUUGAUGUGGCCAAGGAUGCCCGGAAGCGUUUCCUGGGGCCUAUGCACCCCUCCUUCAACCUGGUGAAGAUCAUGCGUAACAUGCUGUAUAAAACCCUGCCACCCGAUGCUCACCACCGCGCGACUGGGAGGCUGGGCAUAUCACUGACCAGGGUGACUGACGGAGAGAACGUCUUGGUGUCCCACUUUAACAGCAAGGAGGAGCUGGUGCAGGUGAUGGUCUCGUACCUCAAACACUGACUUGCUGACAAAGCAGGGUUGAGGUCAAUUCCAUUUAAAUUCCAGUCAAUUCAGAAAGUAAACCAAAUUAGAAUUCUGAUUCAAAAUGUGCCUAAUUGAAGGGAAUCGGAAUUGGAAUUUCAACGUACAUCCUGAAUUGACUGGAAUUGAAAUGUAAAUGGAAUUGACCCCAACCCUGUGACAAAGUAUCUGACGUAGAUAAGGAAAUGAGGGGUCCACCCUCGGGAUGUAGCCUAGCUGCUCCUUAGUCCUUUAUUAGUGCCCCCCAAAAAACACAACGUUUCAAUAUACAAAUGAGGAUAUCAUUAUAUAGAACCUGUCUCAAAUGAAUACUGAGACACAUACAUCAAUGAUCUCAUCUCAUAACCAUAAACCCAGACAUUGACUUGCAGAAAUAGGCUACUCCUUCUGACUCAUUGACUAGAGCGGGUGAGUGUCUCAAGUAGUGACUUGCUGCCAAAGUAGGCUAUUUUAUUAACUGAAACUGAUAGGCAUGAAUACUGAGACACAUAGCUAUUAGUUACAUACCGGUGGGCACAUCCCAUAAACUCAGACGUAGGACCUGAACAAACAUUCAUUCUGACCUGUCUGAUGGAUAACUGUACUAACACUCAUAAACAUCAACUGCCAUAACUAGUGAGAGUCCGAGGCACACACAGUACUGGGAUCCAGACCUGUUGAGUUCAUGUCAGAAUGAGAGUGUGUUACUCGGUUAUAUACACACACACACACACACACACGCUAAUUUGUGUUGUUGCGAUGUUGUCUAACGAUAAUAAUGUGUGUUGUCUGUUCUAAUCCAGGCCUGUGUCUGUGUACUGUGGACUCAUCAUAAUGUGUUGUGUUCUGAUCCAGGCCUGUGUACUGUGGACUCAUAAUAAUGUGUUGUGUUCUGAUCCAGGCCUGUGUACUGUGGACUCAUAAUAAUGUGUUGUGUUCUGAUCCAGGCCUGUGUACUGUGGACUCAUCAUAAUGUGUUGUGUUCUGAUCCAGGCCUGUGUACUGUGGACUCAUCAUAAUGUGUUGUGUUCUGAUCCAGGCCUGUGUACUGUGGACUCAUCAUAAUGUGUUGUGUUCUGAUCCAGGCCUGUGUACUGUGGACUCAUAAUAAUGUGUUGUGUUCUGAUCCAGGCCUGUGUACUGUGGACUCAUCAUAAUGUGUUGUGUUCUGAUCCAGGCCUGUGUACUGUGGACUCAUCAUAAUGUGUUGUGUUCUGAUCCAGGCCUGUGUACUGUGGACUCAUAAUAAUGUGUUGUGUUCUGAUCCAGGCCUGUGUCUGUAGCGCCUAUAUCCCAGUGUACUGUGGACUGAUCAUAAUGUGUUGUGUUCUGAUCCAGGCCUGUGUCUGUAGCGCCUAUAUCCCAGUGUACUGUGGACUGAUCAUAAUGUGUUGUGUUCUGAUCCAGGCCUGUGUCUGUAGCGCCUAUAUCCCAGUGUACUGUGGACUGAUCCCCCCUACGCUGCAGGGUGUGGUGAGUACAACUAGCUUCUAAUCAUUCAGCGUGUGUGUGAUUAGCCAACAUUCAAAGAGGAUAUACUUACCACAAUUUCAAAACAAACAGAUGGAUCUUAAUUUGAUCACUCUUUUGUUGCUGAGAAUUUGCAAACUUGUAGUGUAUUCAAGGUUUAAAAAGGCUUCUAAAGUUAGUAAUUUCCACUUUAAAACGUCAGACUUGAUUUGCCCAAAUGAAAAAUGUAUCAACCCCUACAAAAAAUGUCAGUUAAUUAUAAUCCACAUAAUAAUUCACAUUUCCUGUUGCUGCAGGAUUAUUUUCCUGCUGUAGCAAACUGGAUCAAAUUAAGAUCCUACAUCUGUGCAGACACUUUUCUGUUGCCAAACAAACCACAUGUAUGGUGCAAAAAUGAGCUUUGAGAAAGCACAGCUGUUGUCAGUAGCAAACAAUAUUGUUUUCAGAAGUCAUUGUUGGCUCUCCCCUCACCUCGAAUCUUAUUGGUCCGCCCAGCAUAUUGACCUUUAAUCCUGUUCCCUGGCUAUAGUUUCCUUGUAUUGUUGUUGUUGUCGUUGUUCUUGGCUCAGGGACACUCAGUGUUCUCCUCUUCUAUCCGCCGUCUCUCCCUGGGUGGAUCCCUCUCUUUCACCUUCUAUCCUCCGUCUCUCCCUGGGUGGAUCCCUCUCUUUCACCUUCUAUCCUCCUUCUCUCUCUGGGUGGAUCCCUCUCUUUCACCUUCUAUCCUCCUUCUGGGUGGAUCCCUCUCUUUCACCUUCUAUCCUCUCUCUGGGUGGAUCCCUCUCUUUCACCUUCUAUCCUCCGUCUCUCCCUGGGUGGAUCCCUCUCUUUCACCUUCUAUCCUCCUUCUGGGUGGAUCCCUCUCUUUCACCUUCUAUCCUCUCUCUGGGUAGAUCCCUCUCUUUCACCUUCUAUCCUCUCUCUGGGUGGAUCCCUCUCUUUCACCUUUUAUCCUCUCUCUGGGUGGAUCCCUCUCUUUCACCUUCUUUCCUCAGUCUCUCUCUGGGUGGAUCCCUCUCUUUCACCUUCUAUCCUCUCUCUGGGUGGAUCCCUCUCUUUCACCUUCUAUCCUCUCUCUGGGUGGAUCCCUCUCUUUCACCUUCUAUCCUCUCUCUGGGUGGAUCCCUCUCUUUCACCUUUUAUCCUCUCUCUGGGUGGAUCCCUCUCUUUCACCUUCUUUCCUCAGUCUCUCUCUGGGUGGAUCCCUCUCUUUCACCUUCUAUCCUCUCUCUGGGUGGAUCCCUCUCUUUCACCUUCUAUCCUCCGUCUCUCUCUGGGUGGAUCCCUCUCUUUCACCUUCUUUCCUCAGUCUCUCUCUGGGUGGAUCCCUCUCUUUCACCUUAUAUCCUCCCUCUGGGUGGAUCCCUCUCUUUCACCUUCUAUCCUCUCUCUGGGUGGAUCCCUCUCUUUCACCUUCUAUCCUCCCUCUGGGUGGAUCCCUCUCUUUCACCUUCUAUCCUCUCUCUGGGUGGAUCCCUCUCUUUCACCUUCUAUCCUCUCUCUGGGUGGAUCCCUCUCUUUCACCUUCUAUCCUCCGUCUCUCUCUGGGUGGAUCCCUCUCUUUCACCUUCUAUCCUCUCUCUGGGUGGAUCCCUCUCUUUCACCUUCUAUCCUCCGUCUCUCUCUGGGUGGAUCCCUCUCUUUCACCUUCUCUGGAAUAUUUGUUUAAUUUCUUUCCAGCCUUUCAGACUCUGUUGAAUGACACACAACCACACGUGUCUCACGUUCAAUGUGGGAAAUAUAGAGGCACAGUACCACAUUCGUGAUUUUUGCUUUCUGACAAUGAUAAGUGAGAAAGUCACCUACAUUUUACAUGACAUUUUAGUCAUUUAGCAGACACUUUUAUACUUUUAUAAUCAGUGCAAAACAUGUUGUUAUAGACAAAUAGCACAUAACAGGUUUAUAUAACAAGUUAAGUACCCAUAUGUAUUGGAGUUCAUAUUAGUUCAGAAUUAGCUGUCAUGAGGGGAAGAUAGUAUUUGUGGAGCUGGACUGGACCACCUCUCAGUUUGGUACAGGGCUUUUCUAGGACUGGACCACCUCUCAGUUUGGUACAGGGCUUUUCUAGGACUGGACCAUCUCUCAGUUUGGUACAGGGCUUGUCUAGGACUGCACCACCUCUCAGUUUGGUACAGGGCUUUUCUAGGACUGGACCACCUCUCAGUUUGGUACAGGGCUUUUCUAGGACUGGACCACCUCUCAGUUUGGUACAGGGCUUUUCUAGGGCUGGACCACCUCUCAGUUUGGUACAGGGCUUUUCUAGGACUGGUCCACCUCUCAGUUUGGUACAGGGCUUUUCUAGGACUGCGCCAUCUCUCAGUUUGGUACAGGGCUUUUCUAGGACUGGACCACCUCUCAGUUUGGUACAGGGCUUAUCUAGGGCUGGACCACCUCUCAGUUUGGUACAGGGCUUUUCUAGGACUGGACCACCUCUCAGUUUGGUACAGGGCUUUUCUAGGACUGCGCCAUCUCUCAGUUUGGUACAGGGCUUUUCUAGGACUGCGCCAUCUCUCAGUUUGGUACAGGGCUUUUCUAGGGCUGGACCACCUCUCAGUUUGGUACAGGGCUUGUCUAGGACUGGACCACCUCUCAGUUUGGUACAGGGCUUUUCUAGGACUGGACCACCUCUCAGUUUGGUACAGGGCUUUUCUAGGACUGGACCACCUCUCAGUUUGGUACAGGGCUUUUCUAGGGCUGGACCACCUCUCAGUUUGGUACAGGGCUUUUCUAGGACUGGACCACCUCUCAGUUUGGUACAGGGCUUUUCUAGGACUGCGCCAUCUCUCAGUUUGGUACAGGGCUUUUCUAGGACUGCGCCAUCUCUCAGUUUGGUACAGGGCUUUUCUAGGAAUGCGCCAUCUCUCAGUUUGGUACAGGGCUUUUCUAGGACUGGACCACCUCUCAGUUUGGUACAGGGCUUUUCUAGAACUGCGCCAUCUCUCAGUUUGGUACAGGGCUUUUCUAGGAUCUAUUAUUGAGACACGCCAGGCUACCUCUCUCAAGGUUGUCCUCUCCUGUCCUCUGAAUGUCUGGACACUGGACCUGACGUCACUAUAAAACUAUCAACAGACAUAAAACACAUCCCAUGCCCCCCGUCAGUUUCCACACUUUUACCCUACAGGGUAUUUACUUAAAGCAUGCCAAGAUAAUGCUUGAUAACUUGCGUAAGUCUUUAUAUUGUGUUAUUAUAAAGCUUAUAAUAUAUUGUCUCUCUAUGUAGCAACAUUGCAACUGACUCAAAAUGGUUGGUAUUUAGUUAUCUCUCUGUCUAACUCUCCCUCCCUCCCUCCCUCCCUCCCUCCCUCCCUCCCUCCCUCCCUCCCUCCCUCCCUCCCUCCUACCCCCAGCGUUACGUGGACGGUGGCAUCAGUGAUAAUCUGCCACAGUAUGAGCUGAAGAACACCAUCACUGUGUCUCCAUUCUCUGGAGAGAGUGACAUCUGUCCUAGAGAUAGAUCCACCAACAUGCAUGAACUACGUUUCACCAACACCUCCAUCCAGUUUACACUCACCAACCUCUACAGAGUGUCCAGAGCUCUGUUCCCGCCCGAUCCACAGGUACACACCAACACCUCCAUCCAGUUUACACUCACCAACCUCUACAGAACCACCAGGCAGACAGAUGGACAUGGGACUCUGAAUGUGUCUCGGGGAAGAUAUCUAAUGUGUCUGUCUGUCUGUGUUUGUUUGUUUCAGGUUAUGAAGGCCAUGUGUAAACAGGGGUACAAAGAUGCUCUUCACUUUCUAAAGAUUAACGGUAAGACACCAUUCUAGCAGUUCUAUUAUAUGACUCUAUAUUAGAUCAGGCUUGGUAUAGAGUAGUUCUACAGGUGGGAAUGAAUUGUCAGAAAGGUACUUGAAAUGACUGACAAAUGUCCAACCAAAGAGAUAGACUGUGUAUGGUUUGGCUGUCUUGGUCAUGUGUGUGUGUUUGACUGUGUGUUUCAGGACUGUUGAAUCACACAGGACCCCACAGACCUCUGAUAGCCGACGUUGAGGAUGAGGAAGAUGAUGUCAUGGAGGAUGAUGACGAUGCAGAACACGGGGAGCAUCAUGUGGAGAAUGAGCUCCGACCCGGAGAGAAAGGGUCAGCGGUAGCCCCCUCCGAGUCCAAAUCCAACGUCGAGGAUCACAUCUUUGAGCACCUGCCACCCAGACUACACAAAGGUAGGAUAGACAGCACCAAAAUAAUACAUUGUAUUUAAGCGCCUUUGAAAACAAACAAGGACAGUGUAAAACCAAGACAAACACAGCUAAAUAUGAGUGAUUUAUUGUUGUCAUGGAUAUAGAACAUGAUCAGGGGAGAUGGCACCUUUUCAGCACAAGGCCUUUCUCAAGCCCAGUCUCCAGAGCAUGUCUCAGAAAAGCCCCAGACUACUGACAAAGCCCCAACCAACCAGAGACUGGUCUAGAGAAAAACCUGAACAACUUGUUUCUACUUUAGUUGUAGCUUUAGGCCAGGGGACCCACUGUGUAGCGCUGUUCUUGCUUACAGUAUGUUACAAUGUGAGAGAGUAAGUCAGCCAGCCAGCCAGCCAGCCAGCCAGCCAUCCAGCCAGCCAGCCAGUCAGCCAGCCAGUCAGCCAGCCAGCCAGCCAGCCAGCCAGUCAGCCAGUCAGCCAGCCAGCCAGCCAGCCAGCCAGCCAGCCAGCCAGUCAGCCAGCCAGCCAGCCAGUCAGCCAGCCAGCCAGCCAGUCAGUCAGCCAGUCAGCCAGCCAGCCAGCCAGUCAGCCAGUCAGUCAGCUAGCCAGUCAGCCACCCAGUCAGCCAGCCAGUCAGCCAGUCAGUCAGUCAGUCAGUCAGCCAGCCAGUCAGUCAGUAAUGUUUUCAGUGAGUGAGUUGUUCUCUCUCUGUCUCCCUCUGUAGGUGGUAAUGUUUUCAGUGAGUGAGUUGUUCUCUCAAUUCAGUUCAAUUCAAUUUCAAUUUAAGGGCUUUAUUGGCAUGGGAAACGUAUGUUAACAUCGCCAAAGCAAGUGAAGUAGAUAGUAAACAAAAGUGAAAUAAACAAUACAUAUUAACAGUAAACAUUACACUCAGAAGUUUCAAAAGAAUAAAGACAUUUCAAAUGUCAUAUUAUAUAUAUAUACAGUGUUGUAACAAUGUGCAAAUAGUUAAAGUACAAAUGGGAAAAUAAAUAAACAUAAAUAUGGGUUGUAUUUACAAUGGUGUUUGUUCUUCACUGGUUGCCCUUUUCUUGUGGCAACAGGUCACAAAUCUUGCAGCUGUGAUGGCACACUGUGGUUUUUCACCCAGUAGAUAAGGGAGUUUAUCAAAAUUGGGUUUGUUUUCGAAUUCUUUGUGGAUCGCUGUAAUCUGAGAGAAAUAUGUGUCUCUAAUAUGGUCAUACAUUUGGCAGGAGGUUAGGAAGUCUCUCUCUGUCUCCCUCUGUAGGUGGUAAUGUUUUCAGUGAGUGAGUUGUUCUCUCUCUGUCUCCCUCUGUAGGUGGUAAUGUUUUCAGUGAGUGAGUUGUUCUCUCUCUGUCUCUGUAGAUCUGGUGGUGUAUUGUAGAGUACUGUGUAUUCAGGGAAAGUUUGGAGUGUUCUAAGUGUUCUCCCUUCACUCUGUCUCUCUCUGUAGAUCUGGUUCUAGAGUGUUCUAAGUGUUCUCUCUUCUCUCUGUCUCUCUCUGUAGCUCUGUUUCUAGAGUGUUCUAAGUGUUCUCUCUUCUCUCUGUCUCUCUCUGUAGCUCUGGUUCUAGAGUGUUCUAAGUGUUCUCUCUUCUCUCUGUCUCUCUCUGUAGCUCUGGUUCUAGAGUGUUCUAAGUGUUCUCUCUUCUCUCUGUCUCUCUCUGUAGCUCUGGUUCUAGAGUGUUCUAAGUGUUCUCUCUUCUCUCUGUUUCUCUGUAGCUCUGGUUCUAGAGUGUUCUAAGUGUUCUCUCUUCUCUCUGUCUCUCUCUGUAGCUCUGGUUCUAGAGUGUUCUAAGUGUUCUCUCUUCUCUCUGUCUCUCUCUGUAGCUCUGGUUCUAGAGUGUUCUAAGUGUUCUCUCUUCUCUCUGUCUCUCUCUGUAGCUCUGGUUCUAGAGUGUUCUAAGUGUUCUCUCUUCUCUCUGUCUCUCUCUGUAGCUCUGGUUCUAGAGUGUUCUAAGUGUUCUCUCUUCUCUCUGUCUCUCUCUGUAGCUCUGGUGGAAGCCUGCAAGGAGAGAUACAGUCUGGGCCAGUCGCUAAGCAACCUGCUGCCAGUCAGGAUGGCGACAGCUAUGAUGCUUCCCUACACCCUCCCCCUGGAGUCUGCUCUGUCCAUGACUGUUAGGUAAGACUAGACCCUACACCCUCCCCCUGGAGUCUGUCCAUGACUGUUAGGUAAGACUAGACCCUACACCCUCCCCCUGGAGUCUGUCCAUGACUGUUAGGUAAGACUAGACCCUACACCCUCCCCCUGGAGUCUGUCCAUGACUGUUAGGUAAGACUAGACCCUACACCCUCCCCCUGGAGUCUGUCCAUGACUGUUAGGUAAGACUAGACCCUACACCCUAGACCCUCCCUCUGGAGUCUGCUCUGUCUAUGACUGUUAGGUAAGACUAGACCCUACACCCUACACCCUCCCCCUGGAGUCUGCUCUGUCUAUGACUGUUAGGUAAGACUAGACCCUACACCCUCCCCCUGGAGUCUGCUCUGUCUAUGACUGUUAGGUAAGACUAGACCCUACACCCUAGACCCUCCCCCUGGAGUCUGUCUAUGACUGUUAGGUAAGACUAGACCCUACACCCUCCCUCUGGAGUCUGUCUAUGACCGUUAGGUAAGACUAGACCCUACACCCUCCCUCUGGAGUCUGUCUAUGACUGUUAGGUAAGACUAGACCCUACACCCUCCCUCUGGAGUCUGUCUAUGACUGUUAGGUAAGACUAGACCCUACACCCUCCCUCUGGAGUCUGUCUAUGACUGUUAGGUAAGACUAGACCCUACACCCUACACUCUCCCUCUGGAGUCUGUCUAUGACUGUUAGGUAAGACUAGACCCUACACCCUACACUCUCCCUCUGGAGUCUGUCUAUGGCUGUUAGGUAAGUGUACUAAAGUCACUCAGAUCAAACUGUGUUGCUGGCGUUUCGCACGCAGGACCACAAACACUUAGUGGACUGAAAUAAUGUCAGGGACAUAGCCAGUGGCUCUGGACCACAAACACUUAGAGGACUGAAAUAAUGUCAGGGACAUAGCCAGUGGCUCUGUAGCCACAGGGAACUGCUAACUCCUGCUCUGGGUUGGCUACGCUCCUGUUAUAUUUCUGUACCUUGUAUCACUUUCUUUAUCUCAGUUUAGAAACUACCGGACUUUCACCUUUACCGUCAAUGCAGAAAGAUACAGAGGGUGUGGUCUGGUUGUCUGUCAUAGUGAAUGUCUGGGUCCGGUUCACUAAAUGAUAAAAAACAAGGAGAGCCUACCUGAACUUAGUACAUAACAAUCACUCAUGUUGUUUUCCAUUGCAUGCUGUGUUGGUCGUGCUGUGUUGGUCGUGCUGUGUUGGUCGUGCUGUGUUGGUCGUGCUGUGUUGGUCGUGCUGUGUUGGUCGUGCUGCGUUGGUCGUGCUGUGUUGGUCGUGCUGUGUUGGUCGUGCUGUGUUGGUCGUGCUGUGUUGGUCGUGCUGUGUUGUUGACUGUCAUGACUAAUGCCAGUUUGACUGUAUGAUCAUAUAUUUAUCAUAUAUAUAUAUACAGUGAGGGCAAAAAAUAUUUGAUCCCCUGCUGAUUUUGUACGUUUGCCCACUGACAAAGAAAUUAUCAGUUUAUAAUUUUAAUGGUAGGUUUAUUUGAACAGUGAGAGACAGAAUAACAACAAAGAAAUCCUGAAAAAUGCAUGUCAAAAAUGUUAUAAAUUGAUUUGCAUUUUAAUGAGGGAAAUAAGUAUUUGACCCCUCUGCAAAAUAUGACUUAGUACUUGGUGGCAAAACCCCUUGUUGGCAAUCACAGAGGUCAGACGUUUCUUGUAGUUGGCCACCAGGUUUGCACACAUCUCAGGAGGGAUUUUGUCCCACUCCUCUUUGCAGAUCUUCUCCAAGUCAUUAAGGUUUCGAGGCUGGUGUUUGGCAACUCGAACCUUCAGCUCCCUCCACAGAUUUUCUAUGGGAUUAAGGUCUGGAGACUGGCUAGGCCACUCCAGGAACUUAAUAUGCUUCUUCUUGAGCCACUCCUUUGUUGCCUUGGCCGUGUGUUUUGGGGCAUUGUCAUGCUGGAAUACCCAUCUAUGACCCAUUUUCAAUGCCCUGGUUGAGGGAAGGAGGUUCUCACCCAAGAUUUGACGGUACAUGGCCCCGUCCAUCGUCCCUUUGAUGCGGUGAAGUUGUCCUGUCACCUUAGCAGAAAAACACCCCCAAAGCAUAAUGUUUCCACCUCCAUGUUUGACGGUGAGGAUGGUGUUCUUGGGGUCAUAGGCAGCAUUCCUCCUCCUCCAAACAUGGCGAGUUGAGUUGAUGGCAAAGAGCUCGAUUUUGGUCUCAUCUGACCACAACACUUUCACCCAGUUCUCCUCUGAAUCAUUCAGAUGUUCAUUGGCAAACUUCAGACAGGCCUGUAUAUGUGCUUUCUUGAGCAGGGGGACCUUGCGUGCGCUGCAGGAUUUUAUUCCUUCACGGCGUAGUGUGUUACCAAUUGUUUUCUUGGUGACUAUGGUCCCAGCUGCCUUGAGAUCAUUGACAAGAUCCUCCCGUGUAGUUCUGGGCUGAUUCCUCACCGUUCUCAUGAUCAUUGCAACUCCACGAGGUGAGAUCUUGCAUGGAGCCCCAGGCCGAGGGAGAUUGACAGUUAUUUUGUGUUUCUUCCAUUUGCGAAUAAUCGCACCAACUGUUGUCACCUUCUCACCAAGCUGCUUGGCGAUGGUCUUGUAGCCCAUUCCAGCCUUGUGUAGGUCUACAAUCUUGUCCCUGACAUCCUUGGAGAGCUCUUUGGUCUUGGCCAUGGUGGAGAGUUUGGAUUCUGAUUGAUUGAUUGCUUCUGUGGACAGGUGUCUUUUAUACAGGUAACAAACUGAGAUUAGGAACACUCCCUUUAAGAGUGUGCUCCUAAUCUCAGCUCGUUACCUGUAUAAAAGACACCUGGGAGACAGAAAUCUUUCUGAUUGAGAGGGGGUCAAAUACUUAUUUCCCUCAUUAAAAUGCAAAUCAAUUUAUAACAUUUUUGACAUGCGUUUUUCUGGAUUUUUGUUGUUGUUAUUCUGUCUCUCACUGUUCAAAUAAACCUACCAUUAAAAUUAUAGACUGAUCAUUUCUUUGUCAGUGGGCAAACGUACAAAAUCAGCAGGGGAUCAAAUACUUGUUUCCCUCACUGUAUAUAUAUAUAUACAUACAUGGUACUUUUAUAUAAAGCAGUCACAUAACAAUAAUACAUUACCAAACAAAAGUUAUUUAAUCCCACCCCCCAGCCAGUCUCAGCCCAUCCCACCAAUCACCAUAGACCACCCUCGUUUGGUUUCCAUGUGCCAUAUAUUUUUCAAUUGUGCUGUGGUGUUUUACAUACAUUUUUAACCUUUCUAAUCGUAUAGUAUCCACAGAUUGUUUGCUAAAGAUGAAAACCUUCCUACAAGUAUUAUUAUAUCAUUUAUUGACUGACUAUGGCUUUCCAAAUCGCCCCAACACUGCUAUUUGUAAGGUAAAUUUUUAAGUGAAUGUUGUGAUUUUUUAACCAUUCCUGGACCUGUGACCAGAAGCAAGCUACAUAGGGGCAAUACCAGAAUAAAUGAUCUAGUGAUUCUGUCUCUUCACAGCAAAAUCUACAGAGCUGAGAUUGUUGUAUGCCCCAUAUAUAUAUAGCAUUCUGUUGGUGGCAAGAAUUGUAUAUAAUAAUUUAAAUAGAAAAACUCGAAGUGUUGAAUCAAGUGUUGUUUUUUGUACCAGUCCAUAAACCAUGUGCCGUGGAAUCGGUACGUCGAAAAUCUUUUCCCAUUUAUUUUGCAACCUGUAUGGGGCAGCUGUCCGAUUUUCUGUCCUCAAAUGAAACUGGUAUUUUUUCUAUUUAUGCUAAUUCCUUUCAGCCAAUUUGUAUCUUUAAUAUAUGGCAGGCAAACAAGUUCCCUACCUUCUCCCUUUUCCAAUUGCCUCCUCCAUUUUUUGUGGUAAUGCUGCAAUCAGUUGGUUGUAGGUUUGGAUUGAGCAGACAUUCCCAUAUAUUUUCAAUAGCUGCAUAUGUGACAUAACUCCACCGUUUCUAUUCAUAAUAUCAUGAAUAAAUAUAAUACCAAUUUUAAAAAAUUUUUCCAUAAAGAAUGUUUUUUUAUUAAUCAGUACAGUGCCUUGCAAAAGUAUUCAUCCCCCUUGGCAUUUUUCCUAUUUUGUUCCAUUACAACCUGUAAUUUUAAUUGAUUUUUAUUUGGAUGUCAUGUAAUGGACACACACAACAUAGUCCAAAUUGGUGAAGUGAAAUGAAAAAAAUAACUUGUUUCAAAAGAUUCAAAAAAAUAAAUAACGGAAAAGUGGUGCGUGCAUAUGUAUUCACCCACUUUGCUAUGAAGCCCCUAAAUAAGUUCUGGUGCAACCAAUUACCUUCAGAAGUCACAUAAUUAGUUAAAUAAAGUCAGCCUGUGUGCAAUCUAUGUGUCACAUGAUCUGUCACAUGAUCACAGUAUAUAUACACCUGUUCUGAAAGGCCCCAGAGUCUGCAACACCACUAAGCAAGGGGCACCACCAAGCAAGCGGCACCAUGAAGACCAAGGAGCUCUCCAAACAGGUCAGGGACAAAGUUGUGGAGAAGUACAGAUCAGGAUUGGGUUAUAAAAAAAACUAUCAGAAACUUCGAACAUCCCACGGAGCACCAUUAAAUCCAUGGAAUGAUGGAAAGAAUAUGGCACAACAACAAACCUGCCAAGAGAGGGCCGUGCCAAAAGGCAUGUGGAAGAUUCCCCAAACAUAUGGAAGAAGGUACUCUGGUCAGAUGAGACUCAAAUUGAGCUUUUUGGCCAUCAAGGAAAACGCUAUGUCUGGCGCAAACCCAACACCUCUCAUCACCCCGAGAACACCAUACCCACAGUGAAGCAUGGUGGUGGCAGCAUCGUGCUGUGGGGAUGUUUUUCAUCGGCAGGGACUGGGAAACUGGUCAGAAUUGAAGGAAUGAUGAAUGGAGCUAAAUACGGGGAAAUUCUUGAGGGAAACCUGUUUCAGUCUUCCAGAGAUUUGAGACUUGGACGGAGCAGUUUUGCCUUGAAGAAUGCGCAAAAAUCUCAGUGGCUAGAUGUGCCAAGCUUGUAGAGACAUACCCCAAGAGACAUGCAGCUGUAAUUGGUGGCUCUACAAAGUAUUGACUUUGGGGGGGGGGGGGGGGUGAAUAGUUAUGCAUGCUCAAGUUUUCUGUUUUUUUGUCUUAUUUCUUGUUUGUUUCACAAUAAAACAUAUUUUGCAUCUUCAAAGUUGUAUAAAUCAAAUGAUACAAACCGCCAAAAAAUCCAUUUUAAUUCCAGGUUGUAAGGCAACAAAAUAGGAAAAAUGCCAGGGGGGGUGAAUACUUUCGCAAGCCACUGUAUAUUUGAGUUUAACCAUAACAUUUGUUGUAAUAUUUGUUCUAUCUUUUCUGGAGGAUAAAAUUGAAAUUGUAACCAGCUUUGUAUGGCUUGUUUAAGAAAGGGUGAUACUUUAAACAACAUUUCACUUUCAAUUAGUUGGAAAUUAGAAGUUGUAAUCUGUAUAAAGGGAAAAGGGCCAUUUUUGAACAAAGGAUGAGUCUUUCUUAAUAAUCUACUGGAGAACCAUUUUGGGUUUAAGUAUAAUUUAUGUAUGAGUGAAGCUUUUAUUGAGAGGUUUAAAGCUUUAAUAUUUAAUAAUUUUAGCCCCCCCAACUCAUAUUCAUUAUAUAAAUAGGCACGUUUAGUUUUGUUGGGCUAAGCAUUCCAAAUAAAAUGAAAUAUUAUUUUCUCAUAUGAUUUAAUAAACAAGUCGUCUGGAGUAGGCAGUGCCAUUAGUAAGUAUGUAAACUGUGAUGGGCCAAAGUAUUUACCUCUCCAUGGUUGCAGAAUGUUAUCUUUUUUUGCAAACUUUCUAUUGAAAUUGAUUGUGUUAAGUUCAUUUAUAUUUUUUUGACAUGUGAAUACCAAGUAUGUCUACUUCACCAUCCGUCCAUUUUAUUGGUAAACUACAAGGUAGUGUAAACACUGUGUAUUUUAACCAUCCCAAUACGUUAAUAUGGUACACUUGUCAUAAUUAGGUUUUAGUCCGGAGAGGCUAGAAAAGUGAUCCAGAUCUUCAGUGAGACCGUUCAGGGAUCCAGAUUGCGGACUUUAAAAAAAACUUGAGUCAUCGGCAUACAUUGACACUUUUGUUUUCAUCCCCUGGAUUUCUAACCCCUUGAUGUUCUUGUUGGAUCUAAUUUUAAUAGCUAGCAUUUCAAUGGCCAUAAUAAAUAGAUAGGGAGACAACGGACAGCCUUGUUUUACUCCUCUUAAAAGCUCAAUACUUUCUGAGAAGUAACCAUUUUACACCUGGGGUUGCUGGACAUAAAUUUAACCCAUUGUAUAAGAGAUUCACCGAAUUAAAGUAAUCCAGGCAUUUAUAUAUAUAUUCUAGUCGUACUUUAUCAAACGCCUUUUCAAAGUCUGCUAUGAAGACCAAGCCUGGUAUCUUUGAUGUUUCAUAAUGUUAAAUUGUUUCAAGUAAUUGUCGUAUAUUAUCUCCAAUGUAUCGUCCAUGUAAAAAAAAAACCUGUCUGAUUAGGAUGAACAAUACCUGGUAAAACCUUUUUAAUUCUGAGUGCUAUAUAUUUCGCCAGGAUUUUCGCAUCACAACAUUGAAGUGUAAGAGGCCUCCAGUUUUUUUUUUUAUGGGACUGGAUCUUUAUACUUACCACCUGGGUCCUGUUUUAGUAGUAAUGAAAUCAGACCUUCUUGUUGAGUACCUAAAAGUCUACCAUUUUUAUAGGAGUAAUUAAAACACGCUAAUAAUGGAUCUUUGUGAGUACACCAAAAAAGGUCUGAUAUACCUCUCUGGUAUACCAUCUAGCCCUGGGGUUUUUACAGACUGAAAAUAUUGAAUUGCCUCAAAAAGUUCCUCUUCUGUAAGUUGGCUUUCACACGGGUCUUUCUGUACAUUUGUUAAUUUUACAUUAUUUUUAUUAUUAUUAUUAUUAUUAUUAGGAAAGAAAUCCUUACAGUUAACAUCAUUGAGUGGAAAUGGAGGAGACUGAAAAGAAAACAUAUGCUUAAAAUAUUUAGCUUCCUCUUUCAAAAUAUAAUUUGGGUGAAUCGUGGAUGACUCCAUCAUUUGUAACGAGUUUGUGUAAGUUAUGUUUGGUAACAUUUCUAUGUUGAAGAUUCAAGAAAAAUUUUGUGCAUUUUUCACCAUUUUCCAUCCAAUUCACUUUAUUUUUGUAAUAUAUAUUAUAUAUUACUAAUGCCCUGUCUCUUCUCUCAGAUUGUUAGAGUGGCUGCCUGAUGUUCAGGAGGAUGUGGGAUGGAUCAGAGAGCAGGUCGUUAAGAUGCUGCAGUGUGCUGUGAUCCGGGCCACCAAGACUGUCUCCAACCACGUCUCUGCAAAGUAAGUUAUUAUACAGACAGACAGACAGACAGACAGGCAGGCAUGAGGCAUUCUCAUACAUUUUUUAUCGAUUUUGCACACAAACAACAGAGAAAACUCUUAAUUCAGCAUCGUCUGAGAUGAAUGUCUCUCUCUCUCUCUCUCUACCGGUGGUUCUCCCACAUUCUCACCUGAAGUCCUUACGUCUCAUGAUCUAAUGAGUCUCUCUCUUUAGAUGUUACUACCAGUUGGAACUACGUCACUGCAAGUCCCUGCCUGCCCAGCUCAUCCCUGCCGGCCUGCUCCCUGGCUGGGUUAGUGGAGGCAGCUCCUCUGUCCUGGAUAUUAUCAGCCGUCUGGACCAAUACCAGAGGCAGCUGCUGCCGGGCUCCUUCUGUGUCAACCUGGACCUCCGGGGCUCCUUCUACACCGAGGGGACCACAGGAGGGACCCCAGGCCCAGGAGGGUCAACCGGAGCUGGGGAAGAAGGACCAGGACCAGCCCUGGCCCCUAUGGCCUCCACCAUAGACCCAGAGGAGGUAGAGGGGAUGGGGCUGAUGAUGAGGAGGCUCAAUGAAAACCACAACUCUACUCCAGCCUCACUCUAAUAUUAUAAUGUAUCCUGUAUGAAAAGGACUAGGGUGGACUGUAAAUUAGGGAGUGUCCAGAGGGUAAAUUAGGGCG